CUGACAUCUGCAGCAAUGGAGCGUCCUCACUUCCCGCUGGCGAUGGCCCUGGCCCUGCUCGCAUUCUGUCUCCUGACUCUGUCCCCGGAUGUCCGCGCUGAACUGCGGAGUCGCAGGACCGGCGAACGCCAGAACCUGCCUCCCAACGACCCGCGGGUGCAGAGGGCCGCACAGGCAGCUGUGAGCAGCUACAAUAUAGGCAGCAAUAGUCUCUACUACUUCCGAGACACCAGAAUCCUCGAUGCAGCCUGUCAGCUGGUGGCUGGCCUCAAGUGCUUCCUGACUAUGGACUUAGAGAGCACCGAGUGCAGAAAGACCAGAGUCUCUGGGGACCACAUGGAUCUCACCACUUGCCCCCUGGCCGCAGGGGUGCAGCAGGAGAAGCUGCGUUGCCGCUUUGAGGUCCUUGAAGUCCCCUGGAAGAACACCACUCAGCUUCUAAAACAUGACUGUAUGCAGGUGUAACCAGCCCCAGGGUGACAGUGGCAAGACCCCAUGGGAACAAGCAUGGUGGUGGAGGCGCCUCAGGUCCAUGGACCCCAUCUGCUGCAAUAAAUUCUUAGCACUGCUUCUUA